ACCUGUCUGGUCGAUCAAUUUUGGUGUAACAUAUGGCAAGUCAAAGUAUAAUUUUGUGGACAGUUAAAUGGCGUAUAUUGUUUAAUCGGUAUUUAGUGACUGAAUGAGAAUAACAGAUGACAUGGAGUACAAGCUCUUACAAGACUGACUCGUCGUGAAAGUAUACUAUACUUUUUAUUUGUCUAAGACGUUAGUCUGAAAUAAUUACACAACUGAACGUGUUUUUGAAAAUAUGGCAAUGAAGAGCAUCUUCAUGUGGAGAUGAUUAUAAAUAUGGACAGACAGUUAUUUAUAGCGUAUUAUAAAGAAGAAUAAUAAGACAAUGUCCAGAGUGUCAAAGAAGAAAUGGCUAUUUCUGCUAUUGUUAUCAGUGAUGAUUGUGUUGGUUCUCAAUUUCUAUCCCGAAAAGUUGUUUGAUAUUAAAACAAGACACCAUUAUGAAAACCACAACAGCAACAGGAAUUAUUUUGAAAUGGAUAAAAAGUUUGUAGAUCUGAAAGAUAACGUGAAAAUAUUGUGUUGGAUUAUGACAAUACCUAAACAUUUGCAAACAAGAGCUAAGGCCGUGAAGGAAACAUGGGCCCCUCACUGUAAUAAAUAUGUGUUCUUAAGCGGUGUUGAAAACAUAACUUUCCCUGUGGUAAAACUUAAUAUCGUUGAAGGCAAACAUCAUCUUACCAACAAAACAUACGCUAGUCUCUCAUACUUAUAUAGAAAAUACGGGCGGGAAUACGACUGGUUUUUGAAAGCCGACGACGAUACCUAUAUAAUUGUAGAAAAUCUACGAUACAUGCUACAUUCCUUUAAUCCAAACAACCCGCUGUUUAUAGGACGAAAGUUCAAGAUGAUCAUCCCCAAUGGCUAUAUGAGUGGAGGUGCUGGGUAUGUGCUCAGUAGACAGGCUUUAGAGUUAGUAGUGACGAAAGGUUUGCCUAAUAACACGUUAUGUCCUGUUGGGUGGGCUGAGGACGUGGAUAUAGGCAGAUGUGUAACAAAUGUUGGGGUCAAUCAUGUGAAUUCUUCAGCGGAUCAGUAUGGAAAAGAGCGGUUUCACCCUGUUUAUCUGAGUGAAUAUUUCUCAACACAUUUACAUAACUGGAUUUACCCAUAUUCUCUGGCUAAAGUCUAUACGAAAGCAGAAUGCUGCAGUAACUUGACAAUUAGUAUGCAUUACGUAGUUCCUGAACAAAUGUAUAUGAUAGAUUUUCUUUUGUAUCACGUGGAAGUUCAUGGAGAAGUGUCAGGAUGGCCGAAAAAAUUUCCUUUGUUGUAAUCGAACUUCUGCAGAGUGCGUGAUAGUAGACCCAUACAUUAGAAUAUAGUUAUGGACAAGAGAAAGUAUUUACUUAAAAUUUUAAAGUAGAAUUAACAAAUCAAGUAAUUUAUAUAAUAUAAAUGAUAAAGCAAUACAAAUAGUUAUGAAAGA